CUCCUCAUAUCCAGUCACAUGGACCCUGGUUGUCUCUGAUCAGUCCACCACGUCUGUCACUGUUAGAGGGGAACAAGUGACACAAGAAGCACUGAGUAGGAGGGGGCCAUUUCUGUGAAAAGAUCCCAAGGCAACAAGCAGGCAGGAAUGUGCUCUCCGGUUGGUGGAAAGGAUCAGAUGUCACCAGCUGUGAGGGGCUGGUAUAAAAGCACAGAGCUGUCAGCUCUCAGCCAGAAUAGAUGUCAGCAUUUCACAAGUAACAGCACACUCUAAGGCUAAGUUCGCAGAGACUGACCUUUUAUUUUGGUAACUUUUUUGAAGGCAGCAUAGAGUGAAAUUUUUAGUUUUUCUCUUGUGAAAAAAUCAGGUCUAACUUGUCUAACAGUAGGCAGAGACAUUUCCAUUAUGGAUGUUCAGAGGACAGGAUCCGUGGUUCGGCCCCCAAGCCCCAUGGAUAGCUUUGAGAAACAGCUGAGCUGCCCCAUCUGCCUGGACAUGUUCACCAAACCCGUGGUCAUCCUGCCCUGCCAGCACAACUUGUGCCGUAGUUGUGCCAGUGACCUCUACGACUCCCGCAACCCUUACCGCUUCUCUGGGGGCGUCUUUCGCUGUCCUACCUGCCGUUUCGAGGUUGUGCUCGACCGCCACGGUGUGCACGGGCUCCAGCGUAACCUCUUGGUAGAAAAUAUUAUCGACCUCUAUAAGCAGCAGCAAGAAGGCAGCAAUAGCGGAAGCACGGAAACCACCCUAAAGCCUAAAGAAUCCAAAGAGCCAAUGUGCCAAGAACACGAGGAUGAGAAAAUCAACAUCUAUUGCAUGACCUGCCAGACACCUACCUGCUCCAUGUGCAAAGUGUUUGGCCAGCAUAAGGACUGUGAGGUAGCACCUUUAGCAAGUGUUUACCAGGCCCAGAAGGGCGAACUGAGUAAUGCUAUCGAUACCCUAGUGGCCAGCAAUGGCCGCCUGCAGGCCCUGCUCAACCAGAUGGAAGAUGCCUCCCGUGCUGUGCAGGACAAUGCUCAGCAUGCUAAGCAAGGGCUGGCUGAACGCUUUGACCUGCUAUAUGCUGUCCUGGAAGAGCGCAAGACCAUUCUACUAGAGCAGAUUGGUAAAGAGCAGGAUGAAAAGGUGGCAGCUCUGCGGGCACUGGCUCAACGUUACGGUGAGCGACUGCAGGCCAGUUCAGAGCUCACAGAUACGGCGGUGAGGGCAUUGGAGCAGGGCGGCGCUGCCGAGUUUCUGUUGGCCUCCAAGAGCCUCAUCACGCAGACCAAAGAUGCAGCUAAAUGCUCACUGGGUGAAGAGAGGCCAGAGCCAGGCUUCGAGAAGAUGGACCACUUCACUUUGUCGACAGAGCAGGUCGAGGCAGUCCUGGCAAAAAUGGACUUUGGUGUGGGUGAAGAUGAUGACUUUGAGGAUGCAGAAGAGGAAGAGGAGGAAGAGGAAUAAUGAAAGUAGUAACAGACUUCUAGGAAAUACUGUAAUAUGUGAUUUUAAAGGUUUUUUGACACAAGUGUUUAUGGCAGGGACGGCAUUUGAUGUUGAAAGAAAUACAAGGCUGCGGUGGAUAUGGGCUGAAAUGGCUUGCCCUUACUUUUAAGUGCAAUAUUUAAUUUCAAUGUCGUAUUCAUACUUUUUCUUUACUUUUUAUACUUUUGUACUUGUAAGCCAGUUAAAUUGAGAAAUUGGUCUAGAUAAAUGUAAAUAUAGAAUGUCUGAAGAUUAAUUACACAUCAUUUUCCUCAUAUGUAGCUCAUGGAAAUAGUUAUGUGUUCUUCUCACUUGUCUAAGUUUGUGUUGAAUUGGUGAUCAGCUGAUCUGCCUGUAAUCACCAAAUCUGUAUUUGAUGGAAUGUGGAAUAAAGCUGCAUGAAGUUAAGCA